GCCCGCGGCGGCGGCGACGGCCACGGCCACGCGACCCGCGCGGUCCCCCGCUCCCUGCCCCGGCGGCGCGGGCCCCCCGCGGGCCCAUGGGCGGCUCCGGCGAGCGGGCGUCCUGAGCGCGGCGCGGGUCCCCGCUGCGCCCCGGCGGCGGCGAGCGUGAACGAGGUGUGGUACCAUGGCCUCCCACGCCCAGCUCUAGGCCACAGCCACCAGCCAGCAGCUGCUGCCCACACAGGGCCACGCCCGCCCCCACCCACUGCCACACCAUGGCCGGGGACCGGCUUCCCCGGAAGGUGAUGGAUGCCAAGAAGCUGGCCAGCCUGCUGCGGGGCGGGCCCGGGGGCCCGUUGGUCAUCGACAGUCGCUCUUUCGUGGAGUACAGCAGCUGGCACGUACUGCGCUCGGUCAACAUCUGCUGCUCCAAGCUGGUGAAGCGGCGGCUGCAACAGGGCACAGUGACCAUCGCCGAGCUUGUCCAGCCUGCUGCACGCACCCAGGUGGAGGCCGCGGAGGCGCAGGACGUGGUGGUGUACGACCAGAGCACGCGGGACGCCAGCGUGCUGGCCGCAGACAGCUUCCUCUCCAUCCUGCUCAGCCAACUGGACGGCUGCUUCCGCAGCGUGGCCGUGCUCACAGGGGGCUUUGCCACCUUCUCCUCCUGCUUCCCCGGCCUCUGUGAGGGCAAGCCCGCCGCCUUGCUGCCCAUGAGCCUCUCCCAGCCCUGCUUGCCCGUGCCCAGCGUGGGCCUGACCCGCAUCCUGCCUCACCUCUACCUGGGCUCCCAGAAGGAUGUCCUAAACAAGGACCUGAUGACCCAGAACGGAAUAAGCUACGUCCUCAACGCCAGCAACUCCUGCCCCAAGCCCGACUUCAUCUGCGAGAGCCGCUUCCUGCGCAUCCCCAUCAACGACAACUACUGUGAGAAGCUGCUGCCCUGGCUGGACAAGUCCAUCGAGUUCAUAGAUAAAGCCAAGCUGUCCAGCUGCCAAGUCAUCGUCCACUGUCUGGCUGGCAUCUCCCGCUCCGCCACCAUCGCCAUCGCUUACAUCAUGAAGACCAUGGGCAUGUCUUCGGACGACGCCUACAGGUUCGUGAAGGACCGGCGCCCGUCCAUCUCCCCGAACUUCAACUUCUUGGGCCAGCUGCUGGAGUACGAGCGCAGCCUGCAGCUGCUGGCGGCGCUGCAGGGCGAGGCGGCGCCCCGGCCAGGCAGCCCCGAGCCGCUGCCCCCCGGCCCCGCGGCCCCGCCGCCAGCACCUACCUCAGAGAGCGGCGCGGCGGGGGGCGCCGAGCCCCCGGGCCCCGCCGCCAGCCUGCAGCAGGGCCUGCGCGGCCUGCACCUCUCCUCCGACCGCCUCCAGGACACCAACCGCCUCAAGCGCUCCUUCUCGCUGGACAUCAAGUCGGCCUACACGCCGAGCCGGCGGCCCGACCCCGGCGAGCCCCCGAAGCUCUGCAAGCUGGACAGCCCGUCGGGGGCCGCACUGGGCCUGCCCUCGCCCGGCGCCGACGGUCCCGACGCUGCCGAUGCGCGCCCGCGGCCCCGCCGGAGGCCCCGGCCCCCCGCCGGCUCCCCGGCGCGCUCCCCCGCGCGCUCCCCGGCUUGCUCCCCGGCCAGUGCGGCGCGCCAGACUCCGCGGCACGCGCUCCCCGGCCCACCCGGCUCGCCCACGCCCGACGCGCGCUGCCGCUGCGGCCCCGACGCGCACUUCAAGCGGCGCAGCUGCCAGAUGGAGUUCGAGGGGAGCCUGGCCGAGGGCCGCGCGCGCGGCGAGGAGCUGGCCGCGCUGGGCAAGCAGGCCAGCUUCUCGGGCAGCGUGGAGGUCAUCGAGGUGUCCUGACGGCCCGGCGGGGCGCAGGGGAGGGGAGGGGUUUACGGCGGUUUUUAUCGAGAAGCCAAUAUUUCGAUUUUUUAUUUAUUUAAGCUGUUCAUUCUACAGUGGUUGGCAGCCCCGGAGCUGUUUUUACUGUCUGGUAUUUAUUUAAACUGAAACACAGUUUCUAAGCAAUACGGGCCGCCUGCAGUCUCAAGCUGGGGGUCCUGGCCUGGGGUCCCUUCUCCGCCUCCUCCCGCAGGAUACUCUGACUGCCCAGCUUUCGUGCACUUUUUACAUAAGAAAAAGGAAAAAAAAAAAAAGAAAAAAAUCCUUUGCCACAAACUGAGCCGCAGACUCUCCUCCCACCCUCUCCUGCCCUCUCCCACCUGCCCUCCCUCCAUCUCUCUCCCACCUCCCCUCCCUCCACCUCUCUCCCCCUCCCUACACCCCUCUCCCUCUUUCUCUGAUCCUGUCCCUUCUCCUCUGCACCCAGCCUGGGGGGGUCUCAGUUGGGUGUGAGCAGCAGGCUGCACCCCAGGCCCAGGCACCAAGCCCCAGGGCAGUGGGGUCCUCUGCCUGCCCAGUUUCCAGUGGUCUAGUAGAGAGCACAGGAUAAAGGGCAUGGGGAAUGUGUCUCCCAGUGAGACGGGACCCCAGCUGGAGCUGGAGAGCCCUUCCUCCUGCCUGAACCCCAAGUCUGGUUUCAGGGUCACCAGCUUCCCUGUGUAGGUGAAGGGGGACCUAGAGACCAGGUGUGUCCCUACAGGUGGGGGUGACCCCGCAGCUGCCAGUGACUGGGACUCAGAUGUAUCCUGCAGGUGGGGUGAUCUGGGAUCCAGGUGUGUCCUCGCAGGUGCUGGUGACCCUGCAGAUGGGGAUGAUCUGGGACUCAGGUGUGGGUAACCUGAGUCUAGGAGGGUCCCAUAGUUGGGGGUGACCCAGGGUCCAGGUGUGGCCCCUCAGGUGGGGGUGCCCCUACCAGGGGAGGGGGAUCACCUAGGAUCCAGGUGUAUCAUGGAGGUAGGGGUGACCCCGCAGGUGGGGGGUGACCGAGGGUCCAGGUGGGGCCUCCCUGAGCACUGCUGUUGUGGGGCAGGUAGACCCUCUGCUGGGCAGCUGGGUGGGAGGUACCCCAUGUUGGCCCAGUCCCUGGGGACCCCUCUCUAGGACCUCUGCACUGAGGUUCCCUCCCCCACAUCUUCAGGGUUUUACUCUGGUACCUACCCGGCUGAUUUUCUGGCCCUGGUGGGUGGGGGAAAGGGGAGCCACAGCCCCCCAACUCUCUUGGUUGUGGGGCCCUCUGGGCUUUGGGGCACCUGGCAAAGAGGCAGGAUGGGCCAUGUUGGGGGUACAGGACUGGGUCCUGGGGAGCGUCCCUGCUGACCCCUUUGUUUUCACUAUACCCCUCCGUCCUGGUCCUGUCCACCCUGUUCCCCAGAAGAUAAGCUAUCAUCGUUGUAUUUGCAAUCUCUGGAUUAGCAGUUUAAGUAUUUAUUAUUGGUUAAUUAUUAUUAUUAUUGUCGUUGUUGUUGAUUAUGUAAAUUCGCCUUCUGUCUGUCUGUCACAUUGGAUUUCCGAGGUGACCCGUGUGGAGGACGGCCUGGUCCCUCGGCCGCGCCCCUGUGCUGUCCCGGAGACAGAAUCUGAAGGCAGGUCCCAAGCGCGUCCUUCCCUCCCGUUGCCCUUUCUCCAGAGCUGUCAGACUUAGGGAUUCUGCCCUGGCGCAGGUGGUCCCCGGCUCCCCCAGAGUGAGCCGGGCUGGGGGAGGGGCUGUGCGCUCCCUGGCCCCGCCCCUGUCCUGGCGCUGGAGCCCCUGUCCCCCAGCGGACCUGCCCCCCUGUUAUUUGCUGGAAAGUCCAGCGGAGGAGGGGGCAGCCCCACCCCUGACGGCUCCCAGUCUCUCUGGACUGGGCUGUUCCCCCUCACCCUGCCUCAGGACCCCUUCCCCAGCGCAUCCACACCGCCCCUGCUCCAUGCCUCCCCUUCUUUUGUAUUUGGAAACAAUGUGUUGUAAUAAAUCCUGAGAUGGGUGUUUUC